GAACAUUCAGACAGUUUAACUAAAGAAAAAGCAAAACCUUCAACACUGACAGAUGGAUGUGCAGGUAGUUAUUUAAUUGUCAAUGGUGCUACACUUUCAAACAAAAUGAUAUCGGGAUGGAAGGAACCGAAUUCUCCUGUGCAUAAACUAUGGAAGCCAGAAUUGUACAAAAUCCAACUGGAAGCGCCAACACCUAAGGCAAUCAUGCGAAAAGGCGAUGCUCAAAAUGAUAUUGGUGCUACAGAAACUAACACUUCGUAUGGACGAUGCUAUUGGGGAGUCAUGGAUCAUUUAUCAUCCGAAAAGGUGCUGAACGAAACAGUCGAUGGAUCGUAUUUGGUGCGAAAGAGUCCCGGUGCUACAGAUUUCUUUACACUUAGCCUGCGUUUCGGUGGCCAAACAAAACAUUACAAAAUUUACUACAAAUCGGAUGCGGGUCACUAUUUGAAGGAGGACUUCAAGCGAUUCGAAAGCAUUCACGAUUUGGUCGCCGAUGGUUUGGUCAAUUUUUACAUGCAGAAACAUGCUGGUCCAGUAAUUCAAGCGAUAAUGACACAGAGCAGAAAUUGCUAUCAGCAGAGUCCGUACAUGACGCUGAAUCGUCGGAAAUUGCGAGCAUUUUCGAAUGAUAUGAGAAAGUCGUUGAAAUCUGAAAGUAUAGAAAAGGCGGAUGAUGCAUGCAAUGAUAAUAGUCACGAAGAUACGGCCAAGAUACCACUGACGGCUCAGGAAGAAAACGACGUUCUUCCAAUAAUCUAUGAAAAAUCUCAUAAUUUUAAGUUGCACACGUUCAAAGGUCUGAAUUGGUGCGAGUUGUGCGCAAACUUUUUGUGGGGUUUUACUGCGCAAGGCGUUAAAUGUGAAGAUUGUGGCUUCGUUGCACACAGUAAAUGCUCUGAGUUGGUGCCAGCUAAAUGUCUUCCCGAUCUGAAACGCAUCCGUGGCGUGUUUGGCGUUGAUCUGACAACAUUAUCAGCAGCACAUCAAUGCAGCAUUCCAUUCGUCAUCAAACAUUGUGUCGAAGAGGUCGAAUCGCGAGGCAUGAUGCAAGAGGGCAUUUACCGAGUGUCGGGCUUUGCCGAUGAAAUUGAUGCGCUGAAACUAGCGCUGGAUCGAGACGGAGAAAAAACGGAUAUGUCCGAGUCGGCAUUCGGUAACAUUAAUGUGGUUGCGGGAACGUUGAAAAUGUAUCUGAGAUUGUUGCCGGUGCCGUUAGUUACAUUCCAAGCAUAUCCAGCGUUCAUCAAUUCAACAAGAUUAAAUUCAGUGGGCGAACAAGUUAUCGCAAUGAGAGAUGCGGUUAAACAGCUGCCCCAAGCCCAUUUCAAUUGUUUAAAGUAUAUGAUCGAACAUCUAAACCGAGUGGCAUCACAUCAAUCCGUCAACAAAAUGACCGAACAUAAUUUAGCAACCGUAUUUGCGCCAACCUUAAUUGCGAUACCACGUCACCUGACUGAUUUAUCGCAAGAAAUAUUUAUGCUGACAUCCUUGAUAUCGCAUUGUCAAGCUGUUUUUAUGAAUUAAUGUUUGCAUGCAAUGCGCGAGCGAUUUGAAUGCAUUUUUAGAGCGAACAUAGUGGGUGGAGUUGUGUGUUGAUGAAAAUGUGUAAAUGCUUCCCGAACACAAUUAACAACAAUUAGCUUAACGAAAGCAUAAUUUAACAAAAUAUUCGAAUUUAAAACUAGGUUUAGAACGAAAUGAUUUUUUUUUCUGUUUUUGAAAUGUGAUAGAGAGAUUUUGAAACAAAUUUAAGGACGACAAACGGCGAAUGCUUGUGAUCAUGACGAUGGAAUCGAAUCCAGAGCAUUGUAAGUAAUGUUUCUAUUCUACGAGGCUAUUUCAAAUUUUAUUUUCUUGUUGUCGCCUAUUUUAUCUUAGCAUUCUGAUUAUUAAAAAUUUACCCAGGCUCGGACUGGAUUAAGGGCAAAGAAGGGCUUUUUACAAGUUUUCCCCAUACAACGCCCGAAGGGUUUUUUCGAUCCCGAUUUUAGCUUCCUUUUGGCUCCGAUUUGAUUACACUAGGCAACACAGGUCAUGUACACGGAUGGUGGCAUAGUGCGUUGGAUUGGUCUUGGUGCCCUGAAUAUGGAACACACCUCCGUUCGUCCCAGUGACGUCUGUGUGUAGACGUAACCCACUCGAAUAUAUGACAACGAAAGUGCACCGAUCUGGUCGGCCGUUAGUGUGGUGAGGUAUUCGGACCUCCUGAGUUCAAUUAACAACUCCAUUCGUCUCGAUCACCUAUCUGUGGUUCAGACCAGAAAUUUUUUUGGCUGUGUGGGUAAAACAUUUUCCGGUCUGAACCACAUAUAGGUGAUCGAGACCAAUGGAGUUGUUAUUUGAACUCAGGAGGUCCGAAUACCUUACCACACCAAACACCGACCGGAUCGGUGCACUUUCGUUGUCAAAUAUUCGAGUGGGUUACGUCUACACACAGACGUCACUGGGACGAACGGAGGUGUGUUCCAUAUUCAGGGCACCAAGACCAAUCCAACGCACUAUGCCACCAUCCGUGUACAUGACCUGUGUUGCCUAGUGUUAUCCAUUAGGGUGUACCGAUUUUAAACUUUUAAUUUUGUUCCAAUAAGCACAUAUAGUGCUUCAGAACCAGCUGAGUCACCUUAUUAUUUUUCCGAAAAAAAUAUUUCUUUUAUUUACCGUUAGGGUGCCGCCCGAGCAGUUUUUAAGGCAUUUUUUACUUGUAAGGCAUACUUAUAACGCGGAGACCAUUUUCGGCUGGUACGAUUAUCUUGGUCAUAAUAUGUCUAGAACGUUGAUUUUUUUUUCCAACAUUAUAAAAAUUUGUGUAAAUUUAUUCAUUUCAAGUCAAAAAUUGCUCAGGCGUCACUCUUAGAACGUAAAAUAAAAAUCUGUUUUGAAAAAAAUGGGGAACUCGGCCGGUUAGGGAACAAUACGUUCUUUUUUGGUUGAAAUAAAAAUUUUAAAAAUCGUUCCAACCUAUUACCCAUAGCGAUUUUAUACAAAAUCUUUACAUAAAAAUUGUGGAUUUUCAGUUUUGUCCGAUUGGAGUAUAUUGUGUAUUGUGUCUCACAAAAACAAUUUGACAGAUGGAAUAGACCUACUUUUGAUCGCAACGGAUUCAAAUUGACAACUGCAAUAGGAAAAAGCAGAAAUAAUUUAAAAGGAAUAGAAUUGCUACACAACGGAAAUGUCAGUCAUUUCGUUACAAGUGCGAAAAAGUCACUGUUUCGAUGCCAAUACGGAAAAAUAUGUCGAAUACUUUGCAAUAUAUUUCGACAACUGUUCAGAAAAAUCUCAUUCAUCGACAAUGCUACCAACAUCAGAAUAUGUCAUAUUGUACUAGUCAAUCGCAAGAAAAAUUAAACUUUUCGUAACUUAAUGACAAAAAGUGAAAUGUUGUUGUUUCUAGAGCUUUAAAAGCGACCUAACAACUUCCUCUGAUGUGACAACAGUGACUGAAAACUUAGUUCAGACGUUUCAUUUGAAAAAUGAAACAGCUUUGGGUUAAAGAACAUCCACACGAACAGAAGUAACUUGGGUCUUUCCUAGUGAGAAAUGGUGCUUUCGGGAAGAGGGCCUCAAAAUUUCCAAAAAUCGUGUGAACCAUCUUUAUAGAAUGAUCAUCGAUCAGUCAAGAUUCGUUAAAAAAAACUGUGAUCGUACAUUCGUCUAUGAGAUCUGUAUGUGAAAUACUUUUUUUUU